AAACAAAGGAAAUACACAACAACCGCACGCAACUUUUUACGAUGUUUUACUGGAUGUUCUCAAACGUCUGGAAUUGAUGGGAUAUUGAAUGAAAAGAGAAACCUUUGAUAUAAAUUCUAUGUCUGUCAUACCACCGUCCAGUCAGAGUUCAGUUAUGGCUACCUCAUUACCUCCACCACCACCAUCUACCACAUCUGAAUCAAGUGUUAGAGAGAUGUUGAAAGAACUACAUCAACUGAUAAUACAAACACAGGAAGAAAGAGCCAAAGGGGAACACAAUUUAUCCAAUAUAGCCAAGACUCAUGAACGAAUGCAGUAUGAGCAGAAAGUAUCACCAUAUUUUAAACAGAAACUGAGAGGACUUUAUAAUACUGCCAUGGCAGAUGCUGAGAGUGAAGCUGACAUGCUUCGGAAAUGCCUCGAUAAAAUAUCACAGAUUAAGACAGUGAGAAACGAUAGAAGAAUAGCAGCCAGGUCUGUUGGUUAUAGUGAAGAAGCGCCACGAAAGACAAUGCGUAGAGGCGUGUUGAUGACAAUGUUGCAACAGUCGGCGCUUACAUUACCAUUGUGGAUUGGUAAACCUGGAGAAAGUCCUCCCCCACUGUGUGGUGCUGUACCAGCCGAGUCAAAUUACAUUGCAAAGCCUGGUAACAAAGUUGCUGCUAGAGUGAAAGGCAUUGAUGGCGACGAGACCUGGAUAUUGGCAGAGGUUGUAUCAUUCAAUGCAAACUCCAACAAGUACGAAGUUGAUGAUAUUGACGAAGAAGGAAAAGAGAGACAUUUUUUAUCGAGGAGAAGAGUUAUUCCACUGCCACUCAUGAAAGCAGAUCCAGAAAAUAACCCAGAAGCAUUAUUUCAAAAAGGACAGGUAAGCAAGCUGGUUCUUGCAUUGUACCCGCAAACCACUUGUUUCUAUAGAGCCCUCAUCUAUGAACCCCCAGCCAAGCCACAAGACGACUAUUCUGUAUUAUUUGAAGACACUUCUUAUGCAGAUGGAUAUUCACCCCCACUGAAUGUGGCACAGAGAUACGUUGUCGCCGUCAAAGAGUCAAGAAAAAGAUGAAACAAAACAGAAUUAGGCAUUAUGCGGCAUUCGAUCAAAUUGUGUAAACAAACAAUGUACGUUACACAACACCUAUUGCUGAUCUAACAUACAUGUAUAUGUUCUUAGCCAUAAGAUUGAGGUCAUUCUGUGACUUAAUAGCCAUAAACAUAACUGGACAUAUAAGGCUGUUGACAUUGAUCAUCACAGUGAUGUCAUCCAUUUUCUCAUUGAUCACGAAAAUAUACUUGAUCAAGUCCUUAUAGCAGUAUAAGUUGAACGAUGAACAAGAAUUUGAGUUCAAGAUGAUUUUAUCUUUGUUUUAACAACAUUAAGUAAUAAACAAAUAUUUAUCAUAAACAAAG